AUGGCGCAGCAACCGGGCGGCCGAGGUAGGGAGGAGGAGGAGGUGGAAGCAGGGGGCCGGCACCGGCAGCAGCAGCGGUGGGCGGUGCUGGUGGCGACGGUGUGGAUCCAGGCGCUGACGGGGACCAACUUCGACUUCUCGGCCUACUCGUCGGCGCUCAAGUCGUCGCUGGGGGUCUCCCAGGAGGCGCUCAACUACCUGGCCACAGCGUCGGACCUGGGCAAGGUGCUGGGGUGGUCGUCGGGCCUGGCGCUGCUCCACAUGCCGCUCCACGCCGUGCUCAUGGUCUCCGCCGCCUUGGGGCUCGCCGCCUACGCCGUCCAGUACUGCUGCCUGGUCGCGUCCGUCGCCGUCCCCUACCCUCUGGUGUGCCCAAUCCUAAAAACCUUCAUCUCUCAAACAGUGACCACAUAUUCCAUCAACUGGCAUCAGGGAAUCAACAUCCUGGGGAAGUCUGUAUACCUCCUCCUCAAUGCAAUCCUCCCUUUUGGUGUCUCUAUUCUUGCACUCCCAGCAAUCCUCCUCUGCCACACAAAUGACAGCCACCUCCAAAGUGCGCCCAGGCAUGACAGGCGUGUCUUCCUCGGUCUCUACAUCCUCGCAUUCAUCACCGGCAUAUAUCUGGUGGUCUUUGGAUCUUUCACUGCAACCGGCUCUACUGCAUGGGUCAUCCUCACAGGUGCCAUGGUCCUCCUCGCCCUUCCUCUCAUCAUCCCUGCCUGCUCCAGUUGCUCAUAUGUGGAUACAGAUGGCCCUGACCCUGCAUCGCCACUAAACCAUGAUGAUCCACAUAAGCCACUCCUAGUCAGUAACAAUCAUCGGAUGGAGUCCAAUGCGAUGGCCCUCGGUGAAGAACAUAGUGCAAAGAAGCUCAUUCGGUGUGUGGACUUCUGGCUCUACUACACAGCCUACUUCUGUGGAGCCACUGUUGGCCUGGUAUACACAAACAACUUGGGGCAGAUUGCGCAGUCAUUGCAACAGCAGUCACAGCUCACCAUGCUACUUGCUGUCUACUCAUCCUGCUCCUUCUUCGGUCGUCUUCUUUCUGCACUACCUGACAUCCUUCACAGGAAGGUGUCACUUGCUCGCACAGGGUGGCUUGCUGCUGCAUUGGUCCCCAUGCCAAUGGCCUUUUUCCUUAUGUGGAACCAACAAGAUGCAAGCACCCUGGUAGCAGGAACAGCACUAGUUGGCCUAAGCUCAGGGUUCAUCUUUGCUGCAGCAGUGUCAGUGACCUCCGAGCUCUUUGGACCAAAUAGCGUUGGGGUGAAUCACAACAUCCUAAUCACCAAUAUCCCGCUGGGCUCACUCCUCUAUGGCCAGAUUGCUGCCAUGGUAUACGAUGGAAAUGGCCAAAAGAUGACAGUAAUGGAUAACAGCACUGGCAUUGUUGACACCAUGAUUGUGUGCAUGGGGAUGAAGUGCUACUCAACCACCUUCUUCCUGUGGGCUUGCAUCACAUUUCUGGGGUUAGCAUCAAGCAUAGUUCUAUUCAUACGAACAAAACCAGCUUAUGCUGCUGCUGCUAGCCGGUCAAGUUGUAAGCACCUUCACCAAGUUUCCAGUUAA